AUGUCUGAGUAUUACGAUGAUGACUUCGUAGAGGAGAGAGAGGGAAACUCUGGAUUCCACCUCUUCCCGUCCUUCGUGACGGUGCUCUUCCUUCGAAUUCUUCAGGUUGUUGCAGAAGCGGUUGAGUGUGGUUUACUUGAUGUAUUUUAUGUGUUAAUUAGGGUUUCCGAGAUUGGAUUUUCUUGUGAAAGCUCAUUCUUGUCGGGUGAUCUGGAUUUGAAUCGUAAGGUUCCUGACACAUUUUUUGAGACAUGGAAGGAAUUUGUUUCUUGCCAAGUUACUUCCAGUAUUGGUUGCUUUCAUUCCAAGAAGUGCUUGACCGCCGAUUCUUCCACAGUGUACUCAGUGCUUGUUUCUUCUGAGACCAGUGCUGCAUCUUUAGGGAACACAUACAAGGCUGAAGAUAUAGAUGUGUGA